AUGCGCUUAGAAUCAGUGGUUCCUUCAAUUCCUGCGGAACUGGUAGCAGCACUCGACCAUUCGUGCGGCAUCCGAACAGACACCGAUCUUCUCUUCUUUGGUUCCAGCAUAGACAUUAUCAAGAAGUUACCACUCGGGACUGUAACGCUUUCAGACCUGGAAAAGUUCACCGAAUUAGUAGCAGAAAAAGCAUCAGUCCCUGGACAUCGGGGAGACGAGAUUCUUGCCGGCACAGGACGGAUAUCUGAGAAACAUCCUCAAGCCACCUGCGGUGUGAAGGAGCUAGAUGAACUUGUUGGCGGCUUUGGUGACCCUCGAGUCUUUGAAAUAUCUGGAGCCAAAGGGUCAGGUAAAACGGCACUAGUGCUGCAAAUAGUGAUCCAAUGUCUUCUUGCUAAUGCAGAUUCUUGUGCGUUAUGGAUCGAUACAUCCGGUGAUUUCUCUGCAGAGAAAACUGCUCAGCUAGUGCGACAUUUUGAUGUAGCGUUAUCUGGUAAAGUGCUAGAGAGGUUGCAGGUAUCCUUGGGUUUCAACAUCGAGGCAGUGCACGAUGUCCUCGAAGCGCUGCGCAUUUCGCUUUUGAGCUCUAGGACUGUUGAACCAACUGUCCAAUGGAUAGUCAUUGACUCCAUAACCCCACUUCUACUGCCGUCCUUAAGUGCGGUAUCUUCCCAAGGACAUGCCAUGAUGGCAACGUUUAUGCGCCGAUUACGCGAGCUUGCUCGAACUUUCGGGUUAACCAUCAUGGUGAUCAACGGAACAUCAGCAGCUGCACCAUUCAAUCAGAGUUCCGCAUUUGCAUCAACAAUCAGAAAACCUGCUUUGGGUCCUUCGUUUACAUUUAUGACAGAUUGUACGCUCUGGUUAUCGAAGACGGAGGAUAUGCCUGAUUCCGAGGGCUCGUUCUCGGUGCACGUGGCAGAAGUAUUCCGUUCGAGGGCAACGAUAUCAAAGACUUGGUGCACCUUCCAAAUUCGCCAUGGCGUCUUAUCCUCGACCACUUGA